AUGGAACCGAAACCCCAGGCAACCUUCCCAUUCAAAAGGCACCCUUCCACCUCCCCAUUCAUCCUGACUGUGCGGGACUUCUUAGCCGAGCGUCCCAACGCAGGAUACAAAUUAAUCGGCACCGACGCCCUCGUCUUCGACCGCUCGACCCCUGAUCCCCGAAUCCUCCUCGUGCAACGCGCCGGGCACGACAGCAUGCCGAACCGAUGGGAAGCCCCCGGCGGCGGGUGCGAUGCGGAAGACGAGAGCAUCCUGCACGGGGUGGCGCGGGAACUGUGGGAGGAAACGGGGCUCCGGGCUACGGAGAUCGGGCCGGUGGUGGGCGAACCCAAUGUGUUUACCAGCCGGUCGGGUAAGGAGAUCGGCAAGUUUCACUUCAUGGUGCAGGUGGAAAAGGGGGAAGGGCCGUUGGAGGUGAAGUUGGACCCGGAGGAGCAUCAGCAGUGGGUGUGGGCGAGCGAGGAGGAGGUAAAGGCGAAGAAGGUGGGAGGUAUAGAGCUGGAGUUCACGACGGAGAACAUGGAGAAUAUGGUGCUAGAGUCAUUUAAACAAGUCUGA